CCAACCGCCUACUACGAGCGGGUUUGUCAAAGGCGCGACGACGAGGCUUUUCCUCUCUAGAUGACGUCACUAAGCGCGACACACGUGAUAAAAGAAACAGGAAGGAAUGGAGGUGUUGCUAGUUGAUCCAGUCUCUACUUGCCUUUCCCCUACAGUGCACUAUAUGGUUUGUGAAGCUGGAUUUGAGAUAAAAUCAAACUGUGCUAUUAGUAGCAUUGUAUCUGGCAAUGGUGACCUAUAUUGGGGAACAAUCACAGAACAUGUACAGUAUGGAGAACCAGAUCAAACUUUGGAUUAUGUAGGAAGUGUGAGAUCUUUAGGUCCUUUAUGUGAAUCUGUUCAUUUGCAUUUACAAUCCCUUACCAUGGAACAAUUUGAAGACCAGUGUUUGAUGUGGUUCCAAUGGACAAACUGCUCAGAGAUAUUUCUUGAACUGUUUGAUACUGUAAAGAGUCCACAUGCUACAGCAAUUGCACUCGGCUUAAUGAAGCUUACGUCAUGUUUGGAACGAGCCUUGGGUGAUGUAUUCUUAUUACUUGGCAAAGAUUGUCCUUUUCUCCUAAGAGACUUGCUUGCAUCUCAGGAACUUGCUACAAUCUUUGGGCAAUCAGUGAUGGAUGUUCUCAGAGUGUUCAUUGGAUCUCCAAGGGGUCUAAAUCUUCGUAAUAUUUUGUGGCAUGGAUUUGCAUCUCCUCAAGAAAUUCCUAUAAAGUAUUUCUCUAUGCUGCUUUAUUUAACAGCAGGAUUGGGGCAACUGCUAAAGGAUUACCUUCUGCAAACACAGUCCACUUUUAUUCAUCGACCUUUUGUAUCUUUCACUAACCUGAAAGAGCUACAUAUUUUUCCAGAUCUUAAUCAUGAAAUGUUGUCGUUGGCUGAAGAAUUAGCAGUCAAAUCAAACAUUGUAUUAAGAACCAUGUUGCCAUUUUGGAUUACUGCACUAACAUCAUUCAGACAAUCCAGGUAUGCAGACUGCAGUAUACUGUUACUUCCUCAGCUGGAAAGUGGACUUCGAUUGCUUUUCACAAAAGUUAAUAACUGUCCGAGCAGACUAAUGACAGCUGAGUCGUCUUCUCUAUACACCACUUUUGAUGAGAUGCUAGCAAAACAACUGAGAAAUGAAGAAAUCAAUCAGCUUCCUUUAGUUCUUGGUGAAUCAGCAAUAGAAUUUCUUUGGGAUUUCUUGAACCACCAAGAAGGACCACGCGUUAGAGAUCAUCUGAGCCACGGAGAGUGCAACUUAAAUGAUUUCCCAAGAGAAAUAGCACAUUCAGUUCUUGCAUUUUCCAUUACGCUUUUGUGCAGAUUUUCCAAGGAUGAUCUUGCUGCCAUCAAGGAACACGCAUUGCUAGAACCACUGAUGAGCUGUGCAAAUUGCUAUUGUUCCCAGUUUCAUCCGGUAGCCCAACUUAAGAAACAGGUACUGAAGUGUAUAAAAAGCAUCAAUUCAUGGUCUGAUCUUCCUGUAGUGCCCGAAGAGCAAGUUCAAGAAGUUACAGAGUCUGCAAAAGAUACUGGCGAUAUUCCUUGUAUUUUUUUGACUGCUGAUAUUUUUUCUCAACUACAACCCUACUUGUCUCAGAAUAUCAAACAUUUAGGUGAUCCUGUGAACAACCUACUGACAGAGAAGUUACUGACCGAACUGUGUAGCAAGCACAUUCGCAUCCUUUUCUGCCCACGAUCUGUCCUGGAAAUUGUUGCAGUACUUCGUCAGAUAAGCUCCCAGUGCCAUCAUGUAUCAUGUCAAGUCAUUUCUGCUUGUGAAACUAGAUAUAAGCAUUGGGUAGACAAGUCACUACGAUCACGCCAGCGGCAUAACUAUCUGCGCAUGAGAAGGAGUAUUAAAUUUCUUUCUCCAGUCUUGCAACUAAUUUUAAUCUUGAUUACUCUGGAGUUAAUCAAUAUUCACACUGUCUGUGAAAAGAAUGCCUCUGAAUAUCAACAGUACCUCAAGUUUCUAAAGGUGAUCUUGCAAUAUACUGAGAACUUGGUGAGCUACACAAGCCUGGAAAAGAAUAAAUGGGAUGAAACCAUGGAACUCACACAUAAAGGCUUGCUAAAAAUCAGAACGUUCUUAGGGAAGCAGCUAACACUUGUGCAGUCAGCGGAGUAAAGACUAUAAUCCUCAUCAGACCUUUUA